AUGUAUCGUCCCUUUCAUACGGACAACUUUACUAUCUCUAAAGAUCAUUACUCGACCUCACUUGAUCCUCGAGGCUACAUUCCAGUCUAUGAAUAUGUUAUCAACAAUACGCCCAUUAUGUGGGAUAGAGAAACUGGAUACGUGCAUUUCACUGGUAUCUGGAAGGCACUUGGUAAUUCAAAAUCUGACAUUGUCAAAAUGGUCGAUUCAAAUCCUGAAUUGGGUACAAAAAAGAUCAGAGGAGGAUUCCUUCGAAUCCAAGGCACAUGGAUUCCUUAUGACUAUGCCCACUUACUCUGUAAACGCACUGCCUGGCAUAUCCGAAAAGAAUUGGUGCCUAUGUUUGGC